UGAAGUUCCGGUAAAUUGUUGAUCAACAAACGUAACUUCAUAUAGAGGGGGAUCCCCUAAAGCGUGUUAAAAUGUUUAUAUUUUAAUAAUUUACUUUUUUCUUGGAAAAUAGUUAGUUAUCCGUUAUUGCUGGAAUGGAUCUUCAUUUUUCAGUUUCUAGACAAUGCUUAUUUAUUUAUUUAAAUUAUGAUAACGAGAAAACUUGUAACUCAGAAAAACAAUUUACAUCUUAUUAACAGCAACAGUUUUCCGUUCUCCUAUACAUAGUCAAAUUACUGGCAGACUUAAUAAUUCAUUUCUAGUUUCACUAUUAUUUUUUAAUUUGCGGAUUCCAAUUGAGAAUCAAAUAUUAAAUCUUAAUUAUUUUCUGGGUGAUAUUUUCUGCAAUGAGUUUUGACGUUCGCCAUCCUAACGCUUACAAUGGAAGAUUUCCAAAUUUCCGAGAACCUUCAGAAAUUGGUUGCUUUUCUUUGGAUGGUGAAAGGAGGUAUCAUGAUGAUAAUCAUCAAUUAAAGUACAUAUGUAUGCCGAACAAUUUUGAUUAUUUAGAUAUGGACUUGAAUGAAGGCUAUGAUGUAGCUAUAAGAAAAGAGUUUGGUAAGAAGGAGAGAUUAGAUUCAUUUUUGACUUGGAUUUUACAUCAUCAGGAUCAAGUGCAAAGAUGUUUUAAACAUCAGAGCUCUAAUGAGUUAAAUAUUGAUUUUGUUUGUUUUCGUGGCCUUUUAACUGCAGUAUGCAAUACCAUAUAUGAAAACAAAGAUGACUGGCUAAUAUGUGCUACAAAAUAUAAAUCUGUUAUUUAUUUAUGUGCUUUUGAUACUGAGCAAAGUAUUCAAAGAAGAGAAACUGCUACCAAAAGAGACAAAGUUAUGUCAUUUUGGGGAUACAAGUUUGAACAAUACAUGUCUGCUGACUCGCCUACAUCUUCACCAGACCUGUCUGUUCCUGUCAAUGAAAAAGAAGAGUAUUGUAUUGUACUUAAAGGGCGACUGAAUAGUCAUACUAUUUUAUUCAGUGCUGAAGUUGACGGGAAAGAUCCUGAAUACCUGAAUAAUCCCAAUGCUGAACCAGUGUCUACUAAAAGUUACACAGAACUGAAGACAUCUAGGAUAAUUACUACUCACAGACAAAAUCAAAACUUUGCCAGGUUCAAGUUAUUAAAAUGGUGGCUCCAAUCAUUUUUAGCUGGCAUUCCAAAGAUAAUAUGUGGAUUUCGUGAUGAUCAAGGCGUUGUUAGGAAUUUGGAUAUUUUUCCAGUUCAUGACAUCCCUAAAAUGGCUCAGAAUAUGUGGUCUCCAGCAGCUACUUUGAACUUUAGUUCAUGUUUCCUAGAUUUCGUGAAACGUUGUGUAAAAAAAGAUGAUCCUUAUGUAGUGUACAAAUUUUACUGGAAACCUGGGAGUCCCAUCACGUGUGAAGAGCUUAAAUCUCCUACAGAAUACCAAGUUCUGCCUGAAUGGUAUAUCAGUAACUUCAAGAUAUGAUUAUAACUGUGUUUGCUCAAAUUCCUCUUGCUGAGUUUCUACAGAAUAAAAUUUUGACUUUGAAAUGUGCAUCAGAAUGUUGUUAUGUGCAUAAGAAACAUUCAUUAAUUUUGUGCAUCUGAAAUGAAUCUUAAAUACUUCCACUGAAAAGGCUUUUAUCUCGUUUAAAAAUAGGCAUGUAACAAUGUACAAAAAAAGACAACCCUAAAUAACUCUUGAUCUAAUAAUCAGAUCUUAACGUUCUAGGACUCAUUGGUUUUGAGGGGUUGGCCUCAAAUAUGCAAUUACAACUUUUUUAAAAUUUGUUAUCUCUGGAGUUAUUUGACUGAGUAAACUCAAAUUUUGUAUUUAGCAUUGUAGGAUUAUAUUCUUUAAAAUUAUGUAAAAAAUGGUAUGUCUAACAAUUCAAAAUAUUUUUGAUUAUUAUUAAGCAAAAUAAUUACAAAUAUUUACUAGAUGCUAUUUUUUGCAUGGAAUUAUCUUUGGUAAACAAAUUUUAUAAUUGUGUGAUAGAAUUUUUCAAUUAGCUUAAAAAGUUCUCAAAAUAUUCAAAAAGUAAAAUUAACAUUAAUGGAUCCUAACUUAGGACCACACACCUGCACAAGUUAUUGGGACCAUCUUUUUCAAAUUGUGGCUAUCUCCAUUAAAAUUAGGGAUCAAAAAUAGAUAUCCUUAAAAAAUAAUUAUGUUUGUUUAAAAAAAGUACAUUUUUGUGUCUGAUUUUUUAAAAUAUCGUUUGCACUAAUUAAUUAGCAUAUUUGAGGUCACCCCUUCAAGCUAUUAUGAUUAAGUCCUAGUAUGUGACGAUCCGAUAAUUAGAUCAUUCCGGGUGUUUGUUUUUUUAGCGCACUGUAUAUUAUAAUUGAACUGUUAAAGUUUUAUUUGUUGACUAUUUGAAAAUUACAAAAUAUUUUUUAUUCUUCAAGAUAUCUACUAGGUUAAUAAUAAAAUGGUUUUAUUGAUUUCGAA